CAAGGCGGGACACGGCAGGGCGGGGCGGGGUGCGGCGCUGCGCGGUGCGGCGUGGGUGGCAGCGGGGGAUGCGGUGUCCGGGCGCAGCAUGCUGUGGGGGGUGGGCCUGACUGUGCCCCGCUCCUGCGUAGCGGACCUAAGCCGCAACCGCAGCCUCUCGCUGGGCUGGUGCGCGGGGCCCGAGGAGCCGCCGCCCGCCUUCUAUGGGGGGGAGAUCGUCGCCUUCCCGCUGGCGGGCGGGGGGGGUGCGGGGGGCACCAUGGCGGCGCUGGGCUCCGACUCCUGGUGGAAGAAGACGCUGUACCUGACGGGCGGUGCCCUGCUGGCCGCGGCCGCCUACCUGCUCCAUGAGCUGCUGGCCAUACGGAAAGAGGAAGAGCUUGAUUCGAAAGAUGCUAUUAUACUGCAUCAGUUUUCAAGGCCUACCAAUGGUGUUCCGAGUUUAUCUCCAUUCUGUCUGAAAAUGGAAACUUAUUUGAGGAUGGCUGAUUUACCAUACCAGAAUUAUUUUGAUGGAAAACUUUCCCCUCAAGGGAAGAUGCCUUGGAUUGAAUACAAUCACAAGAAAGUAUCUGGCACUGAGUUCAUUAUUGACUUUUUGGAGGAGAAGCUUGGAGUAAAUUUAAAUAAACACCUUGGUCCACAUGAAAGAGCUGUUUCCAGAGCCAUAACAAGAAUGGUGGAGGAGCAUUUCUACUGGACUUUAGCUUAUUGCCAGUGGGUGGAAAACCUUCAUGAGACACGAAAAAUGGUUUCACUUUUCGGCCCCUUCAGCGACUUGCUGAAGUGGAUCCUCUGUCAUCUGACCAAAGGGAUCGUGAAGCGGGAAAUGUACGGCCACGGCAUUGGCCGCUUCUCGGAGGAGGAGAUGUACACGCUGAUGGAAAAGGACAUGAGGACUCUGGCUGGCCUCCUGGGUGACAAGAAGUACAUUAUGGGACCAAAUGUUUCCACUGUUGAUGCUACUGUCUUUGGACACCUGGCACAGGCAAUGUGGACACUCCCAGGGACUCGACCAGAGAGACUGAUCAAAGGUGAACUGAUUAACCUUGCUAUGUAUUGUGAAAGAAUAAGGAGGAAAUUUUGGCCAGAAUGGCACCACGAUGAUGAUAACACUCUGUAUGAAUCUGAGGAAAGUAGUGAAGCAAGCAAGACAUACUCCCCUUUGCAGGACUUCAGUUUUUAUUCAAGGACAGAAACAUUUGAUGAUGAAGGGAACAGUAUUUCUCAGACCCCUGACACAGAUUACACUGGACACUCACUCUUUGAUUCAGAUGUGGACAUGGAUGACUACAGAGAUCAUGAACAAUGCAAGUGAUGUGUAGAAGCAUCUCCCAUUUUGCAGACAAGCUGCUUCAUGGGAGCAGUCUGAUUCUUUUUCUCCUCCAGAUCAGGAAGAGGUUGAUACUACUUUGGAAGUGACCAUCGUGCUUGACUCAGCUGUCACAUGCUACCUGGGCUGUUUCAACCUAAUUUCAUUUUGUGUAACUGUUCAGGUGGAACCAAGGUAAACAGUUAUUUAAAAUACAUGUGGAUGGACUGGAGUUCUAGAGGAGGACAGGACCUUUCAAUCUACAUUAUUGUUCGUGUUCAAAACCAAAUCCCACAACCAGGUCAGACAGACCUCUGGGAACAUUUGCCAGAGCUGGUUUGUAUUGAUAUCUUGUAUUUACAGGAAUGGGUUGUAGGCAAAAAUGGAAGAGGCAUGACUGGCACACCUCUCUCCUAUGGAAGAAAAUAAUUGAUGAUAUGUUGAUUUGGCAGAGUUUUAGGAGGUUUUUAUUUGAUAGCUGCUCACAGCCUAGGUGCCUGUUAUUACAGGGACUGCAGAAAAGAAGUGCUCAGAGUUCUUUCUGAGACAGUCAGGUAAAGCAGGAGGAAAAUGUAUUCCUGCAGAAGGAACUUUUUAGUGUUUCAUGUUCUUUGCAGAAGAUUGAAAUCAGUAGUCUAGAAUAUUUUUGUUCAGAGGGGAAAUGUCAGUUUUAAUAUAUUAUCUCCCAAACACUCAUCUGAAAUGUGUGUUGGCCAAAGCCUGCCUCAGGCAUUUAAAUUUCUGCUGUGUUUUUGAAAUAUUAUUAUUACUACUACAUCUUUACUUCCUGCCACUGGCUGCUGUCUGCUAUUGCUAGGCAAGGCUAAAGAACUGGGAUCUGUUACUAAAGCCUGGUGCAUCUCAGCAGUGGAUGCUUUGUGCUCUGCACCAACAGACAAGUGAAGCCCAUGCAACAUGCAGAGAGAUUUGGGGUGUUUCUAGGCAUGUGAUGCUGUGUAAAUACAAGAUGUUGGCCCAGGCAGUCAAGUGGAGAAUGUGCUCCAAGCCUAGGAAGGUGCUUCAGGGAGUGCUACUGGGCAUUGUGCUGGUUUCCAGUGCACAAUCCCUAAAGCCAGUGCAGGGGGGGUGGUUGAGAUAGGGACAGCUGGGUCAGCACUGCUCCCUGUGGGGAUCCCAGGUGCUGAUGAAAUAGUGACUGGAAUGGAUAGCACAUCCACAAACCUGGAACUCCAAAUCUAGAACGAUUCCACAGGUGCUGACGUGCAUUUUGUCCCUGUCUCCCUAUAACACAGGUUUGAGGUGAGAAUGAAUCCAUUGGGAUUGCUCACCACUUGGAAGGAAAGCAUGGACAUCAGUGUUGCUUGGCCAUGACUCAUUGGUCUGCAGUACAGAUAAAGCUCAUGGAGCAUAUAGGCAGGUGUGGGAUUUGUGAACAUGCACAUGAAAUUGGGUAUUUGUCUGCAGACUUUGAUGGUGAUCUGUUUAAAACUAUUUUUGUUAGGAUUCAAAGAGUUAGAUGAAUCAUGAUCUCUCAGUUUGUAAUGUGUUGGUUGUGCCCUAACAUUCUGGGAGUAGACAGGGUAGACAGCUGCUUUAGGAUGCUAGUUGUUGGUAGUCCUAAUAGUCUGGAGCUUGAAAGAACUCCAGGUUUCAAGGAAUAUCUCACUUUCUUAUAUUGUGGAGUGUCUUCUGCAGAGGAAAGUGUUUGCUCUGGGGAAACUCUGAGCUAACCAUGGCUUUGAAAACAGGAGGACACACAUCUUUAGUGAGUUCCCAGAUCUGUUUGUGCAUGGGACUCACUGCAGCAAGAGCUGACAAGUUUGGUGUGAUCUGAGAUGGGUGUGAAUUUGCACGUUUCCUUGAUUCCUCAGGCACAUCCAUAGAGCCAUGCUCCAGUCAAUGGUCUCUGUUGUGGGCAAGUAUAAUCUAUAAAUUGAACCAAAACUGGGAAGGAAGAGGAUCUCAUUGAGUUAUUUAGACUGUUCUCAGGAAACUAAGCACAGGAAUAGGGCACAAGAAGGUUGAUCUGUCCAUGACAGAUGAAAUUAGGAAACAGGGUCUCUAUGAAUAGAUGUCUUGUAUUUUGUCCAGAUUUGGUAGAAAAUCCUUGGGUUUAUUUUUCCCAUGCAGAAGCAAAUACUGACUGUUAGAUCCAUGUCAAAGGAUUUAAUCCAAGUUUUUUUUUUUUUCUUUUGGAAGAUCAGCUUGGUAAAAUAUUCCUGGGGAAAAAAAAAAAGGAAUGUUUUUAAAAAAUUGUUUUUUUAUUGUCUAUAAAAAAGUGCUGGUUCAUUUUAGUUUGCUUUGGGAGAGAGAAGAGUUUUCUUCAAUAAGAACAGAGCAGAUUUUUUUAUCUUCCCAAAAUUCUGCUAGAAGAGCAACAUUUUCUUAGUCCUGCAGUGUUUUGUUUUUUUUUUUUUUCCCUCUGAUAAUCUUUAGUUUUUAUCUUGGUGCUGAGGGGCUAUGCAGAACUGAAAACAGUCAGAGAGAAUCUUUAUUUUCUUUGGUUUCUUCCUUACCGCUCAAAAUUGCAAGCGAGCCCAUUGCAGGGAUUCCAGAGGUCCUGGGUGUGUUGGUGCUGGGUACAUCAGGUGUGUCUGCAGCAGUGAAACCUGGGCCAGGCAUGGGAUGCCUACUGCCUGGUGGGUGAGCUGGGAUGACUGCUUCCAGCUGGCACUGGAAGGGGAAGGUGGCCACAAUUUUCUGUCUGAUGUGACACUGACCACAGAAGUUUUUUAUUUUCCUGGCUGGGGUUCCCACUGCUGUGGCCAGACACUCAUAGCAGGGUGAUGUCAGGACGGGUUCAAGGACCCUUGUCCCAAAGGUCAGAUGUCUAAGAGGUCCCUGAGAGCAUCACAACUAAAUCUGGUUCUGGUCCCAGCCGUGGCCCUGGACUGGUUUCAGGUAGAUGAUGGUACGUGGUCCUGGCAGCAGGAGAACUAAUUUGGGGCUUCUCCAUGCUAUCUGUCCUGUCCCAAAAUAGGGCAGAGGACCCUUGGGUGGUACAGGGGAGGAAACAGCAGGUGGGAGAGAGGAGAAGGUGGAAGGCAGGGAGGGUGCUGAGUGAUGGGUCACAGCAGGAGGACAUGGGCUGAACCCAUGGCCUGGCCAGCACCGUUCCUGUAGCUGGGCAGGAGCUGGAGUACAACCCCUCAUCUCAUCAAGGAGACCUCUUGGUUUCUGUCAGCUACAUUACCCUAAAUUCCACCAGAGGCCAAGCAAUGCCUUUGUUUUGGUCAUGCUACUUUAAGAGAAUGGGUAAUUGGUCUGCUUCUUGCUUGGCAAAUGGAAGUUUAAAGCAAGCCCUGCAUUUCCAAUAGCUAGAUUUGAAGCAGUCUGUUGUUGUUUGUCGUUUUGUUUUGGUUUUUGGGUUUUUUUUUUUUGUGUUUCUUUCCCCCCAUGUGAAUUGCAGUGUUUGACUCUGUAACACACUGUCACGUCAGAAGGGAUUUGUUUACCCCCUGUUGGACUCAUUGGCUCUGUCAGCAGAGCUCACUGUUACCGAGUGGUGGAAACGGAUGCUGGGGUGUAUAGGUCCUACAGAAAUCCUACAAAUGUGGUUCUUGAUUUAAAAACCAAACCUGAUGUUUCAGAUCUGAAGGACUGUUCCCAUCCAAUUAUAACACUGCAAGUCACAAGUUUUGAUCCUUAAAACCUUGGCAGUGUCCCUCCACAUCUAUAUUCUCUUUGAAAAAAAUAUUGCCUGAAAUAUUUCUGCAGCAACAGUUCAGGCACAAAUUUCCUUUUUGUCAGUGAUGUCUGCUCAAGUAAUCAUGACAGUUUCAUACUGUUUUCAUUGAAAGGGCUGAAUCUGUCAGAAACUAAGCCUUACAAACACUGCCUGCUGGAAAAGUGUGUUAUGUGCAGAUUUAUGCAGGGCAGCUCACCAAGUGAAAUUUCUGUGGCAGGGGAUGAAUUGAAGUGGGUCCUGUCCUUAGAUGUUUGAAGAACUUGAAUCCGUUUUCUGACAAGUAGCUAUUUAACCUAGCCCUUUCCCCACCCCCAAAUACUGCAAAAUUAUGAAUUAGGCAUGUGAUCAGAAUAAAGCAAAUUCUGCUCUCUAAAUGGUGUUGGAUGAUGUUGGAUGGCCCAGUAGCUCACAUAUGGCAAUGGAUAUAUGUAACUAUGUAUAGUGUAGGUGUGAGUUGUGCCACACCUGUCAGUGUGAUCCAGAGGAGCACACAAUUAGUGUCUGAUCCCAUGGACCAAGAGGACCAAAGGUACCUUUGAAUAACCAUGAUGGUUUUCAGCAGUUGAUGGGUGCCAAAGGUGUUGGUGCUGUGGGUGUUUCUUGGUGCUAGGCAGGCAGUACAGGGGCUCCUUCCAGUAGCUGUGGUUCUGGUGAGGCUGCCAGCAUGAUUCCAUCCCAUGCCCACACUGCAGAGGUGAUGAGGGACAAGGAUCCAUUUGGAUUCAACUCCUUUACAGAGGAUUGCAGCAAGCUCAGCUUUGAGCUCACCAGUGAAUUUGGGCUGUUGUGUCCAGCUGGCACCCUGAUAAGGGAAGGUGGUCUCCAUCUUCCUGUACCAGAUGGGUCUAGCAGGAGAGGGAGAUGUAAUUUUCAAGCUAGUGACUCUUGUCUUUAAGGCUUUGCCUUAGUGGAGAGGUGUUGGAACACUAAUCAGCUCUGUCUCAGCAGUUUUGUGCAAUCCUGGCUUUGAUAUGGCCAUCAGGGAGGGCUUUUUUUGUGUUCCUUCUCUAUAGAAGUACCCUAACAUGAAGUACCUCUCAGCAGAGGUUCCUGCAGCUCCCUGGAGAGUUUGGAAAAGAAAGGGAGUGUCUGUGUACAGCACAGUAAUCUCAGCCCAUGAAAAUGAUCCAUGUGUCACUACAGUGCUAAACUGUUGGCACUAAGGAGCAACUGGUAGCACCAUGGCCAGAUUUUUGAGGCCAACAAAGAUCAUUAUGGGCAUUUAGUCUGAGGUGUACACGGAACAGAUUGUAGGAUUUAAUGUAAUGAUUUCCACUUUCAGUUCAACAAACUAAAGCUGAUACGGUGUUCAGCUUCUGAAGAACAAAUGAAAUCCUGCCCCCUUUGAAGUUGGUGACAAAAGUACCAUUUGCUUCAGUGGGGGCAGAGCUGCCACUUGAGCUUCCAGGUGACUUUGUAAUCUCUUACUCCUCUGUCUAAAAAUUUGGUUUUGGGCAGUAAGGCAUAUGCAAUGUGACCCUUGUUUUUUUAAGCUCUUCUGAAAAAACAAAAAAACAAAGUAAGUGCAUUUUUAGGCUUCACUGAUUGUGUUGAUACUCUCACUGGGCACUAUGAUUGUGUAUGUUCUUCCCUCACUUCUUACUUUUUUCUUUGAACUAAUCUUUACAGGUUUUUAUUUUUUCAAGAUACUUGAAGAAAGCGAGUCUUAAAUUUUUAAUCACUGGGAUGUGUAAUACAGCAAGAAUAAAGUACGUGUGGGCAGGUGUGGGGGGAGGGAUAUAUCCUGCUGGAUGCCAUGCACAAGGUUUAACUAACAAAAUGAAGCAGCACCUUGCUAAAAGAGGACUUCAAUGCUGUAGCUGCAUUAUGUUGUUUGUCUAGAAACUUACAUGAGACAUACAUUAUUUUAGCACUGUUAUAACUACUAGUUUAUAAAGCCAUAUUCAAAAUUGUACACUUAAUUGUAACAUAACUUUAAAUUGUGCACUGUGUUGACCCCUGUAUAUAUAUAUAUGAAAAUCUGUAUAUUUUGUCUUUAUGCCGUAUGUCAUUGGUGUGUAAACUAUAACUAUUGGAUCUAAAAUACCUUUUUUGGUUCAUGUC